UAACGUUUCAGGUUACCGCUAUAUAUUGUUGUACACUUUGUACACUUAUUACAUAGCAAGCUAAACAGUAUGAUGACAUUAACAUAAUAAAUGACACCAGUUACACAAACAGAAUAUUCAGUUUAUCAAGUUAAAAUGAUCAUCUAAGUCAGUCAUUGCUCUUCUGGGAAAAUAAUGGUACCUGGUCACAAUGCAGGCAGCACAGCAGCAAGACAGUGAGAGGGAGAGGCAGGCUGAAUGCAGUGGACAUGCAGAUGAUCAGGAGACUCACAGGUUCUCUCAAUAUGAAGACAGUGAUUGUCAUUCAGCGGCGAUAACACAUUUGCACCGCAAACUGCCUGUCAGUACUCAACUUUCGUCUCGGUUACAAAAGCAGCAGCAUGUGGCCAGAAAUAGUCUCUUAAAGAUUGUGGGUGGGAUGAUGUGCUUGGCAAGACCGGGAAAUGCUUUCAGGGGCCAUGACAACAAAGAGGGCAACUUCCACCAGGUGAUUAAGUACAAGGCAGAGGGUGAUGAAGAACUUACGAGCUGGCUUCAGCGGCACAAUAAUUUCACUAGCCCAAAAAUUCAAAAUGACGUCCUUAAAAUUGUCAGUAACACAAUUUUACGUGAAAUUACAAACGAGCUUCAGUCAUUGCCAGUGGUUCAGUAUUCCCUUAUAAUUGAUGGGACACAGGAUGCAGCAGGAGUUGAGCAGGAGUCCUUCUGUCUGCGUUUCAUUGACAAUAACUUGCAACCAAGAGAGGAAUUCAUCGGCCUAUGUCAGGUCACAUCCACUACUGGAGAAAACAUAGCUAGUGUAGCUAAAGACGUUCUAAUUUGCUUAAAUCUCCCACUAUCACAACUACGGGGUCAAACUUACAAUGGGGCAGCCAAUAUGUCUGGUAAGAUGCAAGGUGUACAAGCUCAUCUCAAGAAAGAACAGCCUCUGGCGGUGUAUGUUCAUUGUGUGCCGCAUUGUGUGAAUCUGAUCAUGCAAGCUGCUUGAAUAUCCUCCCCAUUAUAAGAGAUGCAAUGCACUUAGUGCAGGAAUUGGGUGUUUUGUUCAACCAGUCCGGGAAGUUCAAGGUUAUCUUUGCUGCUAUAGUGAAAUCAGAUCACACAUCUCUUCAUACAUCUUUAAAGCCUCUCUGCCCCACCAGGUGAACAGUGCGAAUGCCAGUAUUGCACUGUCCUCACCCAAUAUGAAUCUGUGCACACAACCACAGAAGAAAUGUCUCAAUCCGCCACAAUGGAAAUGUCUGCAAAAGCAAGUGGCCUUCAUUGCAGGUUUUUGAGGGGAAAUACCAUUCUUGGUAUUAUUCUGGCAGAAAAUAUCAUGGCUGUCUUGGAGGAGCUGAACAUUUCUCUACAGCAGAGAAGCCAAACAACAUCAGGGAUGCUGGCUGCUGUAGAGCAUGUGAAGAGAGCCUUGCAAACGAAAAGAUCUGAAGAGCACUUUGACCAGCUGUACUCCAGAGCAUCUCAGGUUGUAACAUCUCUAAACCUGCAGCCCAUCGAGAUGCCUCAUUUACGGAUGCCUCCGAAGCGCUUCAAUGGUCCUGCCACACCACAUUGUCAUUCUACUGCCCAAUCAUACUACAGAAUGCAGUACUUUUGUUCCUUGGAUACUGCUGUGAUACAGUACACUGAGCGUUUCAGCCAGGAUGGGCUACAAAGGCUGCAAAAAGUAUAAGACGUACUCAUCUCUGGAAAGAUUGAUGCAGACCUAGAUGAAUACCCAGAGUUGAAUGCCACAGCUUUAGAAGUGCAGCUGAAAUGUUCCAGGCCAACUACAAAUAUUCAACCUCUUCAGAGGUAGCAGAAAUUUUACGGGAAAUGAUGCCUGAGGUGCAACAUUUUUUCAGGCAAGUUGAGGUCUUUUUGAGACUGCUAAUGGUUUUCUGCCUCCUCAGCGGAGGCAGAGAGAAGUUUCAGUGCCUUGAGACGUCUGAAGACUUGGCUGAGAACUACAAUGACGCAGUCUCGGCUAAACAAUUUUGCCAUGUGCAUCAAGAGAAAUUGGAUGCAUUGGACAGGACACAAAUCUGUCAGAGCCUAGUUGAGUUCAGUGAUGAGUGCCUCCAGGUUUUUGGGUCAUUUAUUUAGAUGAUUACCUUUCCAAUUACCAAUUACCUUUCCAUUUCCACCCCUUGCUACAUUGUCUGUAGCUGCAGUACACAUACUCACCCCAUUUUUACACCGAAAGAGCCAUGCAUCUAACAUUACACUACUGACACUGAUGCCAACACUCAUUCAACACUCACAUAAUUUAAUUUACAACAAGAUUAUUCAUAACUUUGCUUUUACCAUUGUUGUCUGUCAAGUUUUUUACUUUUAUUUUUUUGUACAAAUCAUUCAUUCACAUUACACUUUUCAGUGUAAAUAGAUAGGCUUACUUUAAGAUAAAUAAAAAUAUAUAAAUAUAAAGUUGGACAUCUAUUUCGAUUUUUUUUUCUUUGAUAAAGGAAUAAUCUGUCAUAUGUUCAAAUACAGCAUUGGUUGUUGUAGUCACAUCGUUUACAUAAACAUAUUUUGAAUAUGUAAUUUUGUACCCAUUAGAAGUUAUUCUAUUUGCUACUACUGGAAAAUGCUUAAUUCUAUUUGGCUGGUGCGAUUUAUUGCAUUUUAGCACCAUCUAGUGGGUCUUGUUGAAAUAGAAAAAUAUUUUAGUAAAAUAACCAUUUUUUUUUGUGUUGAUAGCGUUUUCACUACUUUGUAAGAGGUGAAUCGGAAGUAGCCUGCUUGCAUGUGUCUGUAAAAAUUCUACAUCUUUGUAUCACAUUCUUAGAAAAAUUCCUAAAAGAUUUUUCCCCUUGAACGCCUUUGCUUGGAAGCAUCCGUGGGGAAAUUGUAUUUACAACAUAUAUAGUGCUGAAUUUAGUUUCAUAGGUAGCCAUCCUUUCUGAGUUUGUUUAAAAGUCGUGAUUGCGUGUUUAAAUGUUAACCAACGUCCAUACCAUGGUUACACCAUUGGCCACGCCCACUCAUCGCUGAUCAGGCAGGAAAAUUGAUGCUUAUGUAACUGAGUGCUGGAAUCACAGGCGAGCUGAUGCACGCGCCAUUUUCUUUUUCUCUCUCCAAAGAGGUGAUUUCAAAACCACCUAGUGUGUUAACCCUUGAAUGCAUGUGAAUUUUACUACUAAUUUUAUUAUUAUUAUUAUUAUUAUUAUUAUUAUUAUUAUUAUUAUUAAGCUAUUAGUAAGCUAUACUGGUGUGUACUUUCUUUCUAAUGUAAUAUAAUGUAAAUGUUAGGUUAAUAUAAAUACAUAAACAAAUAGAAGCCUGUCAUGUAAUAGUGUUGAGUGUACACCUGAAAGCAAAUGUACCUCUACAUUUAUUAUUUUUAUUAUGGAUUUACAAAUUAAAAGUAACAAUGAAAUGUGGGUAUAUCCUGUAACUAACAAUAAAAUAGUAAAAUAAGAAAGUAAGUAGGUUAAAGGAUUUUUUGUUGUUGUUGUUGUUGUUUUUUUGUCAUGACCCUACUGAUAUCCAGA